AUGAAACGUGACUACGACCAUCUAUUCAAGCUGGUGCUUAUUGGUGAUUCAGGCGCUGGCAAAUCCUGCCUUUUGCUUCGCUUCGCAGAUGAUGCCUUUACUGACAGCUACAUCACAACAAUUGGCGUCGACUUCAGGUUCAAGACGAUUCCCGUAGACAAGAAGACGAUCAAGCUCCAGAUUUGGGACACAGCAGGUCAGGAGAGAUUCCGAACAAUCACCAGCGCGUACUAUCGAGGUGCUGACGGAAUCAUCCUUGUUUACGACAUUUGUGACCGGGAAUCGUUCAAUCAUGUUGAUGAGUGGUUGAACGAAGUAAACCGUUAUGUCAACGAGAACACCUGCAAGAUCCUCAUCGGCAACAAGUGCGAUAUGACUGCAGAAAGGCAGGUGUCCACCGAGGAGGCAAAGAAAAAAGCAGAAGAUCUGGGCAUUGCGUUCAUUGAGUGCUCUGCCAAAGACGCGACAAACGUGGAGGCUGCUUUCCAGAUGAUGUCAACAGAGCUGAUAGCGAAGAGCGAGAAGCAAGGAGCACGCCCGCAACGGCCGGCAGGAGGUACAGGCCUGCUCCAGCCGAAGGAACGGGGCACAAGCGCAUGUGGUGGCUGUGGCCAGGGCUAA